UUUACGAGACGCACUUCAGUACGACGGAGGCUCCAGACUUCACUCCAUUUUCCCUCCCAAACUAUUCCGAAGACCUUUCACGCAGAAGCUGUAAAGCAUCUUCUCGACGCCAUUAGGGUUUUCCACAAUCUCCAGUCAUGCAAGCGCCAGUGCUGGUUCUCAAGGAUUCUUUGACUCGCGAAUCAGGAAGUAAGGUCCAGCAUGCCAAUAUCCAAGCGUCAAAGGCUGUGGCUGACAUAAUCCGCACAACCUUGGGUCCAAGAUCCAUGUUGAAGAUGUUACUUGAUGCUGGAGGAGGUAUUGUGGUCACUAAUGAUGGAAAUUGUAUUCUUCGGGAGUUAGAUCUUGCUCAUCCAGCUGCUAAGUCCAUGAUUGAAUUAAGCCGCACACAAGAUGAAGAAGUUGGUGAUGGAACUACUUCAGUCAUUGUUCUUGCUGGUGAGAUGCUUCAUGUCGCGGAAGCUUUCAUAGACAAAGACUUUCACCCUACAGUCAUAUGUCGAGCUUAUAAUAAAGCUCUUGAGGAUGCUAUUGCGGUGCUUGACAAGAUUGCAACCCCUGUUGAUGUGAAUGACCGUGUUGCAAUGUUGGGAAUGGUGAAGAGUUGUAUAGGUACAAAAUUUACUGGUCAAUUUGGGGAUCUAAUUGCUGAUUUAGCACUUGAUGCUACCACAACUGUUGGUGUGGACCUUGGUCAAGGAUUGCGAGAAGUGGACAUUAAGAAGUACAUAAAGGUUGAGAAAGUCCCUGGUGGCCAGUUGGAAGAUUCCAAGGUUCUUAAAGGAGUUAUGAUUAACAAAGAUGUUGUGGCCCCUGGAAAAAUGAGAAGAAAGAUUAUCAACCCUCGUAUUAUUCUUCUUGAUUGCCCCCUUGAAUAUAAAAAAGGGGAGAACCAAACAAAUGCAGAGUUGGUUAGAGAAGAAGACUGGGGAAUUCUCCUGAAAAUGGAGGAAGAAUACAUUGAGAAUCUGUGCAUGCAAAUACUAAAAUUCAAACCCGAUUUGGUCAUAACAGAAAAGGGGCUUAGUGACCUGGCAUGCCAUUACUUGAGUAAAGCUGGAGUUAGUGCAAUCAGAAGAUUGAGGAAAACAGACAACAACAGGAUUGCUAAGGCAUGUGGAGCUGUUGUUGUAAACAGACCAGAUGAGCUUCAAGAAUCUGAUGUAGGAACUAGGGCUGGAAUUUUUGAGGUCAAGAAGAUUGGAGAUGAGUUCUUUGCUUUCAUAGAUGAGUGCACAGACCCCAAAGCAUGCACUGUUCUUCUUAGAGGUGCGAGCAAGGAUCUUUUGAAUGAAGUGGAAAGAAACUUGCAGGAUGCCAUGUCUGUGGCAAGAAACAUGAUAAAGAAUCCAAAGCUUGUUCCUGGUGGGGGUGCUACAGAGUUAACUGUUUCAGCUACACUAAAACAGAAAAGUUCAUCUGUUGAAGGCAUUGAAAAGUGGCCUUAUGAAGCUGCUGCAAUAGCUUUUGAGGCUAUUCCACGUACUUUGGCACAGAAUUGUGGUGUGAAUGUGAUUAGGACUAUGACUGCUUUGCAGGGAAAGCAUGCAAAUGGUGAAAAUGCCUGGAUCGGAAUAGAUGGAAGUACUGGUGCAAUUACUGACAUGAAGGAGCGUAAGAUAUGGGAUGCUUAUAAUGUGAAGGCACAGACCUUUAAGACCGCCAUCGAGGCUGCUUGCAUGCUGCUUAGGAUCGACGACAUCGUGAGUGGAAUAAAAAAGAAACAAGCCCCUGGAGCAGGCCAAGCUCCAUCAAAGCCUACAAUUGAGCAAGAAGGAGAUGCAGACAACGAGCAAAUGAUUCCGGAGUAAAGUAUUUGAUGAUUCGACCACAUGGGAUGUCGGGCAGAGUUUGUUAAAGGAGUUGGUGGAAAUGUCGGAUGCGAUUUUGUCAUUUUUCACAGAUUUUUUUGCCAAGUUCUGGUUUAGGUGUAGUUGUCUGAAAUUUUGGCUAUAUAUUUCAUGAUCAGUCAGAAUCGUUCCUUUGUUUUUUCUGUUUGAAAUGGACUUGCUCACUGUCAGUCUUUAACACCUUGAUGUGCUUUCCUUGGGCAGCUUUUUUAUGCGGGGAUUUGGCUGUCUUCUUGAAAUGAAUGAAUCGCUAGUGCCUUAAAUGGCAUUUCACUCGAA